CUUCAAUCCCUUCACGUCGAUAUUUCCUGUCGCCAUUCCAUACACGUCCUCUUCCCGUCGUCUACGCCAGAUCUCGAUUCAGGCAAUGAUCGCGCCCUCACCCGCGCUCUGAAUCGCCAUGUUGUCGGCCACCGGGGGCCUCUACCAUCCCUUUCUCUCGAUAUGCCUCGCGCUAUUCCUCCUCCUCAUCCCCGGGGAAGCCUACAAGGACAUCUCCGACGCGACAUUGACCUCUCUCCCGCGACCGAACGGCGACUUCGACAUCCAGAACGGGGCUCUCCUCGCACCGAUCCUCCAACCCCGCGUCCCCGGCACCCCUGGCGCAACAGCCGUGCUCGAACACCUCGUGAACUAUGUCCGAACCACGCUCCCCAAUUGGCACAUCGAGCUGCAUAACUCGACGUCAACGACGCCCGUCUCGAAGGGUAAACCGGUCAAGUUCGUCAAUGUCAUCGCCAGCCGCGACCCGCCCUGGGCUAACAAAGGCGACAUCGGCCGUCUGAACCUCGUCGCCCACUACGACAGCAAGCUCGAACCCACGGGCUUCAUCGGCGCCAUCGACAGCGCUGCCCCCUGCGCCAUGAUCAUGCACGCCAUGCGCAGCAUCGAUGCGGCCCUGACAGCCAAGUGGGAGAAGAUGCGCGUGGCCGGCCACACGCUCGAGGACGCGGAGGGCAUCCAGGUUAUAUUCAUGGACGGGGAAGAGGCCUUCCAGAGCUGGUCCGACGAUGACUCCCUGUACGGGGCGCGCGCGCUGGCCGAGCAAUGGGACUCCGAGGUCAACCCGGCGCUGUCGACCUACAAGACGCCACUGUCGUCGAUAUCAGUGUUCAUGCUGCUGGAUCUGCUGGGAGCCAAGGACCCCACGAUCCAGUCCUACUUCGAGGCCACGCACUGGGCGUACAAGAAGCUGGCGGCGCUGGAGCGCCGCUUCCGCGCCCUGAAGCAGUUCAAGUCGACGACGCCCCGGCCGUGGUUCCCCGACGCGGCCAAGUCCGAGAGCCAGCUCCCGAAGUCCCUCGGCAUCGGCGAUGACCAUGUGCCGUUUCUGCACCGUGGCGUGGAGAUCUUGCACAUCAUUGACGCCGCCUCUGGACCGGGGAUGCCCUUUCCUGCGGUGUGGCACACCAUCGACGACGAUGCGGAGCAUCUGGAUAUGGACACCGUGGAAGACUGGAGUAUGCUUGUCACGGCAUUUGCGGCCGAGUGGCUGGAGCUUGAGGACUACAUGUCGGCUAGCGGCGGGAAUAGCUCGACAGAGGACGCGGGGCAUCAGAAUGAGAAGCAUUCGAACUGGGCUAGGAAGACUGAAUUGUAAGCUUUGCCCUGGAAUCUGUUUGGCUUUUGAUACUAGUACUGCACGAUGCAUCUCCCCUGCUUUGUAGGUUUUACGAUUCAUUAUGAAUGUAUCACUCAUGGCUUGAGUAGCGCUGAUGGUAAUUUACUUGCACAGCUCUUGAUUGGC